AUGUCUCCUGCAAUUCCAAAAGAUUCGACAGUCCUCGUUACCGGUAUCAAUGGCUAUAUUGGAUCUCAUGUGGCUGAUCAACUGCUCAAAGCCGGGUAUCGAGUAAGGGGUACUACCAGAGAUGCUUCCAAAAUGAAGAACUUGCUCGACCUUUGGGAAGAGCAGUAUGGAAAGAUUAGAGUGGAAGUGGCAGUUGUACCCAAUAUGGCCGAUGAUGGAGCUUUUGAUGAAGCUGUGAAAGGUGUAACUGGAAUUGUACAUGUAGCAUCAAACCUGUCCUUUUCACCAAAUCCAAAUGAUGUCAUACCAGAAUGUCUCGCCGGUGUAAAUGGUCUUCUUAAGUCUGCAGCCUCAGAACCAAGUGUCAAACGUUUCGUCAUUACAUCCUCAUCUAUGGCCGCAACGAGUCCGAAGCCCAACAAGGAAUUUUAUAUCGAUGAAAAUACAUGGAAUGAUGAAGAUGUCGAAGCAGCGCAUGCCCCGCCACCAUAUGAACCCUCGAGAACAUGGGCUGUCUACGGUUCUAGCAAAGUUGAGUCCGAGCGAGCGGUAUGGAAUUUUGUAAAGGAAAAGAACCCAGGCUUUGUAGCCAACUCCGUCCUGCCAGAUACGAAUAUGGGUUUGAUUUUAGAUCCAGGACAAGGUUCUACUGGUGGGCUUGUUCGAAAGCUUUUCCUGGGAGAUAACUCCGGGCUCAAAAACCUUCCUCCUCAGUAUUUCAUAGACGUACAGGAUACAGCCCGUCUUCACGUCUCUGCAUUGAUUGAUGAGGAUGUGAAGAAUGAGAGACUAUUUGCUUUUGCUGAACCAUUCAACAAUAAUAUGUUAUUAAGAAUUUUCCGCAAACUGCGACCUGAUGCCAAAAUCAUGGAUGACUUCCAUGAUGAUAGUGUCAAUGAUCUAUCCAAGGUUGCUAAUCAAAGAGCUGCAGAGCUUUUGAAAAGGGACUUUGGACGUGCUGGCUUUACAAGCUUGGAGGAAUCUUUGGCCAACAAUAUUCAAGGACUCUGA